AUGCAUACUCACUACUUCAGAGCUGACAGAGGGCAGGCCCUAGCUGAUGCUAGAAAGCAGCUCAAAAACUGGCAAGACAUAGAAGAGAAAUUCUGGAAAACUAAGAGCAGGGAUCAACUCAUCAAGAUGGGAGAUCAGAACACAAGUUACUUUCACAGAGCCACUAAAAGUAGAGCAAGAAGGAAUAAAAUAGAAUUUAUUCAAAAUGAAGAAGGCAACUGGAUUACUGAGUAUCAAGAGGUCAAAGACUGCUUCACCAAUCACUUCUCUCAGAUGGCUACUGCUGAAACUACAAGCCCCUCUUCUGAAAUCAUCAACCUUAUCCCCCUAGCCAUAACUCCUGAAGACAACACAAUUCUCAACAGAAAAACUGAACCUGAAGAAAUUAAAGCUAUCUUAUUUAGUAUGUCUAAUGACAAAGCUCCAGGACCAGAUGGAUUCCCACCAAAUUUCUUCAAACUCAACUGGGAUAUCAUUGGUAAUGAUAUUGUCUCUAUGGUUCAACAUUUCUUCCUCUUUGGUCACCUUCUAAAGGAGAUGAAUGCCACCUUUAUAGCUCUCAUCCCCAAAGUGGAUAACCCAACUUCCCCUAGUCAUUUUAGACCAAUCAGACUCUGUAACACCACAUACAAAAUCAUAUCUAAACUCCUAGCCCAGAGAAUGAAGCCCUUCCUAACCAAAAUCAUCUCUCCUUACCAAUCUGCUUUCAUUCCUGGAAGGCAAAUUUCUGACAACAUAGCUAUUGCUCAUGAAAUUAUAAUACCAUCAGGUCUAAAAGAGGAAAAAAAGGCAACUCUGGACUCUUCUGCAUGCUGGGGAGAUGGUAUCAUCAAUGGAAUAAAGAUCUGCAAAGCAGCACCUCCUAUCAGCCACCUCCUAUUUGCUGAUGAUUGCAUGAUAUUCUGCAAAGCAAACACUAUUGAAGCUCAAAAUAUAAUGCAGCUCCUGCAGUUAUUUGGCAGUACAUCUGGGCAACUAAUCAACUUUCAUAAAUCUGGAGUCUUCUUCAGCAAAAACACUCAUCCAGACCUAAUUCCUCAAAUCAGCAAUUCUACGGGAGUUCAAGUGCUUCAUUUAGAUGACAAAUAUCUAGGAUCUCCUCUAUUCAUUCAUAGAAGCAAAAUCAAUUCUUUCAAACCUGGGGUAGAAAAAUUGAAGCUGAGACUUACUGGAUGGAAACAUACACCUUUAAAUCCUGCUGGCAGAGAGGAUAAGGACUCUCUAUGGUACAAACUCAUGGAUGCCAAAUAUCUCUUAGGCAGAAAUGUUCUUAGCAUGAAUACUAAAUCAAAGGAUGGGGAUUCAUGGAUAUGGAAAGGAAUUCUGGAAGGCAAAAGCAACAUACACCAACACUGCUCUUGGAGGAUUGGUAAUGGUAGAAAGAUCAAGAUCUGGGAAGAUAUAUGGAUCCAAAACACUAACUCAAGACUUCAAAAACCCCAGAACUGUCCACAGUACAUUGACAAGCUUGAAGCUUUGAUACUUCCAGAUGGAAAUUGGGAUGAAGAUCAAGUCUCUACCUACUUCAGCAUGGAGGAGGCUGUUGUGAUCAUUACACUGUAG